AUGGUGUCAGUUUGGCACUUUGCCACCUGCCCCAUCCACAGUGCACUGGGUCGCCCCCAGUAUCUGGACCAGCCCACUGGAUUCUGGGCACUCAUCAGUAAACAUUCAGGCCUCACAAAGAGUGUAGUUAGACUGGAAGGACCAAGAACUGGGGUCUGUGUCCUGAUGGUGAUGUCCUCUUCCUCGGCCAACAGCUCUGCCACGGCCACGCCGUCCUCUGUGGCCACAGUGACAGGAAAACUGCUCCAGACGUCUCUGACCAAGGAAGGUGAGACAGUUCGUCUGGACCAGAGGAAUGUCCCCUUCCAAGUGGACAUGUCCAGCGACAGCCCCUUCCUCAUCCUGCCCCUCACUUUUUACCAUCUCAGCAAUGACACAAGCCCCCUAAGAGCCUGGGCAGCCAAGGAAAUGGAUUCCAUCGUCGUUGUUGCUCUGUUUCUGCUCUUCUCAUGUGAAGCCCAAGAGACUCCUGUGUUUAAACGAACAGGAACGGAUUUACUCCUGGAUGUAAAGGGAGUAGUUACACUGAAAGAAGAAGGGCACGAUUUAACAUGGGGUUUUAAUGGCACAACUCCUAUUGGAAAACUAUCUUAUGGUGGCAAACCAAUAGCUUUUGGGAGUUAUAAAUCAAGAGCUGAAUUUUUUGCAGAAAAUCACUCUCUGCUGUUGAAGAAUGUUCAGCUGAAUGACAGUGGAGUUUAUGUAGCACGUGUUACCAGUGUCACUGAUGUAGCCAAACACAAGGUCACAGUUCAGGAUCCAGUGUCUAGAGUAGAACUGAUGGUGAAAUCCUGCAGCUCAGACUGGUCUAACCUCACAGUGAUCUGCAGAAGUCUGGACUCUCUCAUCAGCAGCACGUUCACAUGUAGAAACCAAACCUGCUCUCAUGAGGGAGGAGAGAGAACCACACCUGGUGCUUCUCUGGACAUCUACCUGGAGAAUGGCUCUGUCAUCUGUAACCAUAGCAACCAGGUCAGCUUGGAAGUGGACGCCAGAAAGAUUGAAGAUCUUUGUGGAAAGACUCCUGAAUAUCACAAGCAGAUCCAUGAAGCAACUCUCUAUUCCAUCGUUCCUGCUGUUGUCCUCGUCGUCCUUCUGGCUGGAGUAAUUGUUGGAGCAUUACUUUGUCGACAGUGGAAAAGAAAACAGGAACCAGAAGAAAUGGAAAAUACGGUUUAUGCAGAUCCCGAGGCUAUAAAUACAGGCCUGCCCAUGGAGAAGAGACCAACAAAUGAUGCCUCCGCUGAUCCUCCACCAACCAUCUACUCCCUCUUAGGGCCCAUCAAAGGGCCCACAGAGCCCACAGAGCCCACAGAGCAAACAGGCCCCACGAGUCAAGAAGCACCCACUCAAAUCAGAGUCAACACUCAGCAAGAAAGCCUGUACGCUACAGUUAAAAAACCUGCCUCUAAGGCUAUAAAUACAGGCCUCCCCAUGGAGAAGAGACCAACAAAUGAUGCCUCCGCUGAUCCUCCACCCACCUACUCCCUUUUAGGGCCUGUCACAGAGCCCACAGGGCCCACAGAGUCCACAGGGCCCAUGGAGCCCACAGGCCCCACAGGACUCACGGAGUCCACAGGGCCCAUGGAGCCCACAGGACCCACAGAGUCCACAGGGCCCACAGAGCCCACGGGGCCGACGGAGUUCACAGGGCCCACAGGGCCCAUGGAGCCCGCAGGGCCCACGGAGUCCACAGGGCCCACCGAGGCCACAGAGCCAACAGGGCCCACGGAGUCCACAGAGCCCACGGAGCCCACAGGCCCCACGAGUCAAGAAGCACCCACUCAGCCAGAAAGCCUGUACACUACAGAUGAACAACCUGCCUUUAAGCUAAAAUACAGGCCUGCCCAUGGAGAAGAGACCAACAAAUGAUGCCUCCGCUGAUCCUCCACCCACCUACUUCCUUUUCAGGCCUGUCACAGAGCCCUCAGAGCCCACAGGGCCCAUGGAGUCCCCGGAGUCCAGUGGGCCCACGAAGUCCACAGGGCCCACGGAGUCCUCGGAGUUCACAGGGCCCACGGACUCCACAGAGCCCACAGGGCCCACAGAGUCCACAGGGCCCACGGAGUCCACAGAGCCCACAGGGCCCACGGAGUCCACAGAGCCCACGGGGCCUUCGGAGCCCACAGGGCCCAUGAGCAAAGAAGCACGCACUCAGAUCAGAGUCAACACUCAGCCAGAAAGCCUGUAUGCUACAGUUGAACAACCUGCAAAGUCUUGAAACAAUUCUGUACAAAUUCUGUUCCACACACAGCACUGUCAGCAAAUGAAGACGUCUGGCUGCAGUUUCCUUUGCCGUCCGCUGAUCAUUGUUGAUUCUGAUGAGUCUCUUGAGUCCUGUGACUGAUGUUGAAAGCAAAUUCACACGAGCCAACCUGUGCCCGAGCAUGCUUGAACACUAAAAUCCAGCUUGUUUGACCAGGUUGAAUGCAUCAUACCAUGCUGAAGCAUGGAUGAGCUCCUUGUCUGUGGCUUGGAUGGAAAAGGUGGACUUUGCUAUCAUGUUGUCUGAUUCAGUCAAUCUUUAUUUGUAUAGCACCAAUUCAUAACCAAAGCUAUCUCAAGACUCUUUACAAUGAGGGCAGGUUUAGACUUGACUCUCAGCUUUAUUAUUAUAAUGAUCGAACGUUUAUCAUCAUGAGCUCAGCGCUAAACAUUGAACAAAGUUACACUGGCAAAGAAGAACUUCAAGCAGAUCCAGACUGAUUUUGAACAGCUGAAAUUGUGUUGAGUUGAAAAGGGUUAAAGGGGGAAACCGAAAGAGGAGGGAGAUGGAGAAAAAGAGAGAAAGAAGGAACAAUGCAGAGCAACAAAAACGAAUAUUAUCUGUUGAAGUAUAAAUAAACCCACAGUAAGGGGAGGAGGGAGAUGGAGAAAAAGAGAGAGAGAGAGGUAAAGGAAAACCGAAAAUAUGUGGAGCAACAACAAAGAAUAUGAUAUGUCAAAGUGUAAGUAAACCCCCAGCUCAGAGCUAACUCCGCCCACUUCAGACUUUUGAAAAAUGCACAGAAAAUGGGCAGUUUGGUACUGAGAGGAAGGAGGGGAAAAAGAUGGGGUUUUCCAGAUAAGGUUGGAGUGACAGUGAAGUUCCCUUGCCAGACAGUGACAUAGAGUCCUGUAGCACUGCUGCCUCAGAGCAAUCUUUUGAGGUGGAGGAUUUAUCCCCUCCAGAGUCCCUGAAGCAGGCUGUAGUGUGGUGGUGGACCAUAGUGGUCCUGAGCGCUACCUGUUUGGGCCGACAUUGCCUCCAGCACCGGCAUUACUAAAGCCGGAGCCGAGGCAGUGCAGGUGCAGGAGAGGAUGGGAGCGGUCUCCGAAUGGUAGAGUUGGUUAGAGGUGGUAACAGUCUACCUUUUAUAUAAAGUUAGGUUUCUACAUCACAUAAGCCACAACUUUUCAGAAAAGAUAUUUUAAAGCAGAUGUCCGUUUAAGCUAAUGAAAACCCCAUAAAAUGCAGAUUGUUGUUAUCAGUUUGUUGUAAAUGUCAGAAAUAAAACCAGCAUUGAUGUAUUUUAUCAUAGUUCAGUCAGAUACUUCAGUGUACAGCUGAAAAAAAUGUUAAAGUGUUCACUACCUCUUUAAUGACUGCCCUGGCCAGCAUGUUCUUGUUAUUUGUCAGAUAUAGUUCCUUAAUGCUAGUAAUUUUAUUCUAGCAAAAAACACUUACUGUUAAUGAACUGUUUAUUCUAAAAAAAAAAAAACAUAAACAAAAACAAAACAAAACUCAAUAAGCAUUUCUAAUUCUCACUCAAACAGAUCUUCAACAGAGUAUGCCGAGUAUUUCUCGGCAUACUCUGUCAUCAUUUACGGUGUAAAUUUCUUUAUAUGGGUAAAAUCAAGCGUAAUUUUACUUUAUUCCGCUGAAAUCUCCUGGACUCCUUAGUUACUCAUUUUUUGAGUUUUGUGUAAAAUUCUGUCAAUUUUGUCUUUUUUAUUCAGAUUUUUUGUGUUUUUCCAAUGUACAUAAAGGCAGUAAACAUGUGUACACCAAAAACACUUGUAAUUACAAAAAUUUCUGGGAGAAAUGCUGUAUUUUCUGGAAAAAUUCCAGGGGUGCCAGUACUUUCGUCCAUGACUGUAUCUGUUAAAGCCUCGUAUCUAUCUGUCUCUGUUUCUCGCUGCCUCCAUGAACCUUAUUUAAAGCUUUAAUGUUCCUAUCGUCUUUUAUGUCCGUUCAUUUUCAGUAAGUAAGUUAUUACAAUAAGUGGCAAUGCAGAGAUUCUAACAUUAAUUUGUUCCCCAUAAACAUAUGAUAUUAAGGAAUUCUUAACCAAAUAUUAUUUUAACUACCAAUGUUUUAGCGUGUGUUUCAGUGUAAGUGUGUGCGUGAGCGUCACAGCUGUGUGUCAUGUCCAGCAUGAAUGAAGACGAGGAAGAGAGGAGAGCAGCCUUUGGUGCUGUGUAAAAGAGGCACAAACCGUCAAACGGAAGGGGAGGAAAGGGGAAAAGAGUGACAGGGGGACAAGAGAUCAUGAUGGAAAAAUUAAAAACUGAAGAUUGUGCACUGAUGUGUGUGACUUAAGUGCGACUUGAGUCCAAGUCAUGGACUUGAGGCCCCAUUUCUGCUCCAUGAGGUUUAUUCCUGGAACAGUUUACCUCUACUUCAUUUAAAUACCAUCAUUUAUGUAGCUCAGCAGUCAUUGGCAGUAUGAGGAGACCUUUCCAUCGUGUCAGGUCAUGGUGCAAUAAACAAAGAUGGCAGCUGCAUUUGUGGUGAUCAUGAUAAAUGUCUCAGUUUUUAUAACGGUAGAUUGGUAAAACUGGUACAUAAAAUACAAACAGCUUUUUACAUAAAUAUGGUGUCUCCACUCUUAAUUUAGUGGUCUGUAUAAUGCCAUAUAGAGAGGUCUGAACUAUGCAUGGACAUUUCAGUCACGUAAAAUAGGGCUGACAUAUUUUUUUACAUUUUCUUUAUGUGAAUAUAUGCACUGUAAAUGUAAUAUUAAACCUUGUUUUAAAUCAGUGAUGU